AAAAGGGAAUACCGGAGUAGGCCUGUGUUUUUUAGAAAAGCGCCUGCCAAACUUUGGAAUUUAAGUGGAUGACUCUCUAAAAGGUCAACUGUGAUAUGUAUAGAAGCAAAAAAUAUAAAAGGGCUCCGUGGACACUCAUGGCGGUAAGCCCCUUUGUAUUCCUUGGGUACGGGGCUGGACUCGUCAUAGCUCUUUGCUGGUAUUGGUGGGAUUGGGAGUUCAGUGAACGGGAUCUUCGCAUCCAGCUGAGGUUUGUGUGCCCGGUGGUCCUUGUUCUGGUGCUCCUAUACUGGCGGGCCACAAGAUGCAUCCUAUUCCUGGCUAUGUGUUCCUUGUGCAGUUCCCGCGGUAGGGGCUUCCUCGUCAGUGUGGCCUUCAUCUUUGUAUCGAUCGGACCCGCGACAAACAUUCUGGCCAACCUUGAGGUGCUGCUGCGGAGCCUCGCCUGCGGCCAGGAGCUGCUGCGCCUGGCCCUUGGCCAAAUGCUUGACGUGAUCCUGGAGCCGGUGAACGCCAUUCGGCUGGCCGUGGACCUCAUGCUUCAGGAAGUGAAUAAAGUGCUCAAUCAAAUCAUGUCUGUACUUCUGCGUAUGCAGGUGCACCUCAUAGUCGUCAUUGACACUCUCAAGAACUGCGCGGAGUGGCUAAAAUCCAUCUUGGAUCUGUGCAAUACGGAAAUGGGAUCUCCAUGGGCGCGCUGUAAGGAAACUGCGCACAAAGCUAUGGUCAGAUGCCAGGCAAAGAUGGGCGUCUUGAAGGCGGUCUGCCAUUUUACGAAGUUUUUCCUGGCCCUGUGCUACCCUGCAAAGCUCAUCGAUGUCUUUUGCAGCGGAUAUUGGGAUUUCACCUGGGACCUUUUGGACAAAAUAUUGCUGCGGUAUCGGGAAUUUGUGCGGCACAUAGAGCAAAUGUUCGACGCCAAUAUAACGUUCGAGCACAAGUUUUUCUUCGAUACCAAUGCCUCGAAAAGUCUGUCGGACGUCGGAGAGGAGAUAAUGAAAGAUAUCAACGAGCGACUAUCGCCGUUUUACAACGUUCAAAGCUUUACGGAUGUUCUCAGCAUGAUAAUGUUUUCUACAGUUUUCCUUAAAGCUAUCGUCUUUUACAUCCGCUACAUGAACAGCCGGCACUUUCAGAACGUUUACAUUACCAAAAAAUUUGAACAGCUCGACCAGCGCUACGUGAGGCACGGAUUCUAUCCAGUACUGCCACUCGGUCGACUCGAGACACCAAAGUACAUGAAGAUAACCAGUGGUCGCUUGACGGUGCUCGAGAUCUUUUCCAUAGUGGAAAACACGUUUUUUAUGAUGACCGCAUGCCUGCAAAUUUUUACUAUCUGCCUCUUGGACUACGGCUUGUUUUGGCUUCUGGCGAUGAUGUCCUACUACGGCCACCAAGAGAAGGGCCUGGAGGUGCCCGCGUACAUUGACUUGGAGAUCAAGGGUGGCGGAUUCGUUGCCGACGUCAUGAGAGGAAUAGCAGGAGCCUUCCGACCCCUGACGCAGAAAACCACGAUCGACAGCAAUCUCUGCCUUCCACUUCCCAUUGAGCCCAACUACAUACGAUACGUUAAGAUGUUGGUGAUCCUUCUGUUAGCGUGGAUCCUCGUGGCGCUUGAACCGUAUAUCCUGCGCACCCGCCACAUCAUCAUGGAACAUUUCUACCCAAAAAGAGCAGUUGAGAGACGCUUAUUUCUGUACAGAAAGAUCAGCGAGUCAAGAAUUACUAAUUUUAAGUUUGAGCGUCGCAGGGUGCGAAAUGAAAUAAUACACCAGGGAAAGGUUUCGACCUUCCGAUGGCUCACCUGGCUGAGGGUAAAAUUUUCAUGCUGCUGCUGCUGCUGUCCGUUAGGAGACCACUGCAUCAUAUGCGAAAGACUUCUGACCUCAUCAAAUUCCCAUUUCUGCAACACGCCGAAUUGCAAAGGGAUCUAUUGUGAUGAGUGCUAUGAAGAGUCCAAACAUAAAUGCUGUAUAUGCAAACACCCCUUGGAAUAUGGCGAUUUCUCCGACUGCUCCGAGGUCGAAGACUCUUCAGAAGUUUCAGAAGGAGAGACUUACAAAGAACAAACAUUCAGAGAAAUUUGCAAAGUAGAAAAACCAAGCACCUAAAAGCAACAACCUCACUAGAACUAAUUAUUAGUUUAAUAAUUAUAGAGAUAUUUUAAUUGUUGUAA